GUCAUCCCUCGUCAACCUUUCGCGGUUUUCACUACUCAAUCGUCAUGGAGACGCUUUCCGAGAUCGUCAACACUCUGUCCGCGAUGGCCCCGGUCGCGCAGGAGUUCUACCUGUUCUGCUUCUUCUGCCUCGGCUACGUGCUCUUCCGCACGGAGGCGAUGAAGCGCCGCCUCUCGUGGAGCGUCAGCCCGCAGGCGAAGGUCAAGGUCGCUGCGUCGGCGGGAUGCUGCCAGCCCCAGAAAGUUCCCACUGAGGACACGCUGCGGGCCGAUUUCAACCGUCGCCUCUACGACCAGGUGCUGGAGGGCUGGAAGCGCCUCGAGAGCAAGACGGCCGAGGCUCUGGCCAUGGCCGCCGCGUCGCUCCUGGCCCUAGGCAAGCCAGAGGAGGUCGGGCUCCUGGUCGCGAAGGCGGUCGCGAACGCCCCAGCGCUCAGGAGCCAGCUGCACGGCGUCAUCGCCUCCAUCGCGGCCCCCACGAUCGAGGUGCCCCGCCAGCGCGUGGCGGCGGCGCUCCGCGACGUGUUCGAGCAGGCGCGCGACUCGCUGGACGUCGGCGGCAGGGAGGCCGCCUGCUCGUGGCCUUCGCCGCUUCAAACGCGCAGCGCGUGA